AGGGCAAGCGCCGGCACAGAGAGUGUCAGAAGCGGGGCAGGAACGGCGGUGUGAGACGUUAACGAUGGUCCGGGUAAUAGUUUUAUCGGGGUUGCUGAUUCUGCUUUGUCAACAGAUGCUUGUGGUUGCUCACUUCCUCAGCAGACCCUAUCCAGCCAACAGCCUGGCCAAGCUCAAGACUCUGCUGCUGCAGCUGGAGGACACCCUGGCUCAGGCUGAAGGAGGGCCAGACUACGGGGAGCUGAGUCCAGAGGCUGACCCAGGCCAGGCUUCUCAGGGCUGGGGAGGACAGGAGGAGAGUCCCAGGCCUCAGGCCGAAGAGGCAGGCCUGCCGGAGGAAACCCAGAACAUGCAGAGCAUCAAGAACCAGAGGAACGGGCUGCUGGACCUCAUUAUGGCGGCCCGGAGCAAGACCUUCUCCGCCUGCUUUGGAGGCAGACUGGACCGGAUCGGAACCUCCAGUGGACUGGGCUGCAACACCAGCCGAGGUUGAGAACAUGGCCACGAUGACUCUGGAUUUUGCUCGUAUGAAAUCAGCUUUAUCAAUAAACAAACUAUUUGUGUCAGUGUUGUUGUUCAG